AUGACUAGGUCUUCCUUUGCAACAUUGCUUGAACUAGACCCGGAGAUUGAGAGAACCUUUUGGGCUUUAAGGAGACAAGCUAGGUCAGCAACAACUUGUGAGAGCAGAAUUUCAGAGAUGGAUAAUCAGAUAACAGAAGGGGAUCGAACUAUAAAAGAGCUUGCAGCACUAGAUGUGGCUUAUAAGUACUCAUGCAUCACUUAUCCAGAUUUGGCAGGAGAUUUUGAACUCAGAUCAGGACUUAUUCAUCUGCUUCCCAAAUUUCAAGGCUUAUCAGGAGAGGCUUUUCAGUUAUUAAGAAUUGGACCUUUGCAGCCUACAGGUGUAGUGAUUCAGUUGGCUAACCGAAGUCAAGCACACCCAGCUGGAGUGAUAGAAGAUGUAUUGGUAAAAGUGAGGGAGUUAAUUUUUCUUGCAGAUUUUUACAUCUUAGACAUGGAGGGUGAUGUGCUUGCGAACAGGGCCCCACUUAUUCUUGGACGUCCAUUCUUGAAGACUGCUAGAACGAAGAUUAAUGUGCAUGCAGGAACUCUUUCUAUGGUGAUAGGAGACACAGUGGUUAGAUUCAGCAUUUUUGAGGCUAUGAAGUAUCCUAGAGAGGAUCAUUCUAUACUUAGCGUGGACAUCUCAGAGGAGUUGGAUGGCAUGGAUUUCUUGUCAGAUAUUGAUUCAGAUUUAGAGGUUUCUGAUUUUGGUCAAGAGAAUGAAUUUGUUUCUUUGUUGGAGGAUAGUUUAGAGGUGGAAGAAAGUGGUAGUUCGAGUGAAUGCGUAGGGGAUUGCUUAGGAGAAGCAUUACCCCAAGGAUCGCCUAGAGAAGAAGAAUUAUGCGUAGGGGAUUGCUUAGGAGAAGCUCUACCCCUAGGAUCGCCUACAGUUGACCCGACACAGGAGGAAUUGAAGCCAUUGCCUCAACAUUUGAAAUAUGCGUAUUUGGGAGAGAAUCAGCAGCUACCUGUCAUCAUAGCUCAGAAUUUGGAACCGGAUCAGGAGGAACGAUUGUUAGAGAUUCUAAGACAGCAUAGGAAAGCCAUUGGAUGA